ACACCAAGCUUCGGGCAGGAGGGCGAGCAGGGCUAAGGGCUCCAUUUCCAUCGAGGAACCUUCAUCGGGAAGCUUGAAACGUAGAGCAUCACCAUUAUUGGAGGAAGUAACAGCGAAAAAAGUGAAGACCAUUUCUGCUAACGAUUGGAUUUGUUCUCUCCAUGAGGUUCCAAUUGAGUUAUCGACAGAGGCUGACUUCAGCCCUGCCGAAAGCCAUGAAGACCAUAUGUUGGAAUUCCUGUAAGCUUGGGAACCCACAGAGAAUUUGAGCUCUUCGUGAGCUACUCACAAGAGAACGACCUAGUGUUUCUACAGGAGACGAAGCUUCAUCAGCGAGCAAUUGAGUCUUGUAAGUAUGCACUAGGGUUCAGUAACUUGUUUGUUGUUGAUUCCAUGGGGUGUAGUGGGGGUUUAUGCUUGAUGUGGAAGUUUCAUGUGUAUGUGGAGGUAAGAUCUUAUUCGCGAUUUCAUAUUGAUGUUCAUAUUAAUUUAGAGGGUUCGGGUAUGUGGCAAUUCACUGGUGUUUAUGGUCAUCUUGAUGCAUCGAGUAGGAUAUAUAUAUAUAUAUAUAUAUAUGGAACCUUAUCAGAACCUUAAACUCAUAUGAGAAAAUGCCUUGGUUGUUAGGGGGUGACUUUAAUGAAAUUCUUCAUAUGCAUGAGAAAAAGGGGGGAAGGAAGAGGCCUUUAGCACAAAUGGAAGCAUUUCGAGAGGUGCUGGAUGAUUGUAAUCUCCGUGAUUUGGGUUUUAAGGGUCCUAAGUAUACAUGGAUUAAUGGCAGGGAGGGUAAUGCUGUGGUGAGCGAAAGAUUUGAUAGGUUUUUGGGGAAUGAUUUAUUUUGUGAAAUGUUUCCUCAAGCUGUGGUGUUAAAUGGGGUGGCAGCUUGCUCAGAUCAUAUUCCAGUGAUAUUUGAAACUGUUGGUAUUAAGGAGAAGUUUCCUAGAAGUAAGCAAUUCUAGUUUGAGGCUAUUUGGAUAGGAGAGGAGAAGUGUGAAAGAAUUAUUAAUCAGGUAUGAGAUCACAGAGGUAGAGGGAUGGAUAUGGAAGGGGUCAGUGCACUUAUUAAGGGGUGUGGGGAGGAGAUGACAGUUUGGAAUAAGGUUUCCUUCGGGCAUGUCAAUCAGAAGCUGCAAGAGGCUAGAAGACACCUAUUGGGGAUGCAAAACUUGGAUUCUAUUCAACCGAAGACUGUUGGACUUCGUGAGUCUCAGAAGAAUGUGCAAGUGUGGCUUGAAUGGGAAGAAGUUUUGUGGCAACAAGGAUUGAGGAUUUAGUGGUUAAAGGAAGGGGACCAAAACACAAAAUAUUUUCAUUCUAGAGCUUCUUAAAGACAAAGAAGAAAUCUUAUUAAGCACUUAAAGGAUGACAAUGGGGUGUGGCACGAAAGGGGUCAGAGGGAUGAUUUGAUUGUUCACUUCUUUCAGAAUUUGUUUACUGCAACGGAAUAAGGAGAUUAUGAACCUAUUUUGAGGCUAGUGGAGAGAGAGGUGACUGCUGAGAUGAAUAUGGAAUUGAGCAAGCCAUUUUUAGCAGCUGAAGUUAAAGAAGGCUUGGAUCAAAUGCAUCCCGCUAAAGCUCCAGGCCCUGACGGUAUGUCAGCAAUGUUCUUCUAAAACUACUGGCAUAUUGUUGGGGAUUCUAUUACAAGUGCUAUGCUGGGUUCUCUUAAUUCAGAUUAUUGGUACUUAAGAUGGAAACAAAGAGUACUACUGCCUUCUCUGCGGCUAUUCCUGUUCCUAAAUUACUUGACAAACAUAAUUAUCCGGAUUGGACAACUCGGGUGUGAACCUACUUGAAGGGUCAAGAUAUUUGGAAGGUCAUCAUUGACAAGGACGAAAAUGCACCUGCUUAUGAAAAUGAUGAUGUCGAUGAUAAUGGUGCCGAUGAUGUUGAUGCUGCUGCUCCUAUUAACGUUUGGAGGAGGAGGAAUUACAUGGCUUUACAUGUGAUCCAGAUUUCAUGCGGCCCAGACGCAUUUGCCGAGAUUAGGAGCUUUCGUUCAACCAAGACUGUUUGGCAAACUUUGAAAAAGAAGUAUCUGAUCGUGCUUGGGCUGUGCAUCGUGGUAAUUUGACUGCUACAAAGGACUUCCUUGAUUAUCAACGAGAGGCAGUAAGUAAGGCAAUCACAAAUAAAGGCCAAACGGCUCUUCACAUUGCUGUUACUACUGGACAUGCCCAUAUAGUCAAGGAGUUGGUGAGUCGAAUGUCGAAAGGAGACUUGGGGAUUGAAGAUGGUGAUGGUUACACAGCUCUAACAACGGCUCUUGUGUAUGAAAGAUCCGAACUGGCGCUCUACUUGUAUCCUCUCACUUUGUUGAAUCAUGAUGAUCUGGUGCUUGUAGAAAAACGCCGCAAAGGAGCUAUGCUUCUUAACCGUGCAAUAUAUUCCAGCAAUUUGGAUCUUGCUUUGCAUUUAAUCCGGCAUUACCCAAGUUUGACACAUGCUCUUGACGACCGCGGCGAGUCCCCCCUCUUAGCAUGGCUUCUAUGCGGAACGCAUUUCCGAGUGGAAAUCGACUCGUCUUCUGGAAACAAUGGAUCUAUAACUCAGCUCUUGCCACCACCAUUGAAACUCGUUGGAACACUCCCAACGUUGAAAGCAGCCGCCAACACAAUCAAGUUAUACAAAUGGAAUCAGGUAAUCAAUCGGCUCCUGCCACCUUUGAAACUCAUUUGAACAUUCCCAACGUUGAAAAUGGUCGCCAACGCAAAAAAGUAAUUACAAGGAUCAAAUCAGCGCCAGUGUUUCGGCGCGAUCUAUCUUUUAUCAAUUCAUGUCAGCGACUUGUUAGAGGCAAUUCUUCCACUUAUAGUCCCAGUAUCGUUUUUAGUGCUACUGUCGCUCCACCUAACUCCAAUUUUGUUGGCCGCAAUUCGGAAAGCAAUCAAGCAAUUGUAUGAAAUGAAGAAGCUCCAUAUUCAAUCCCAGGAACUUGUUUCCUGCAUGUGUGAGGAGAUAUCAACAUCAUUCAUACAAACUGGACAGCUUGAAAACAUCGGUGGAAUUUGUGAUGCAAUCACCCUUGCUGUCAAGAAUGGGAUUUCCGAGUUUGUUCUUAAGGUAGCGAGGACACAUCCGAGCUUUUUGGAAAAUAAAUAUAGAAAUUCGAGGAACAUACUCAUGCUUGCUGUUCUAUAUCGCCAAUAUGAGAUCUUUAGCAAUAUAGAUCAUGGGUUUGAUAUGGAGAACACUUUGACAUCUUAUGGAGAUUGCAACGAUGACAACAUAUUACAUAUGGUAGGGAUGAUAGAAGAUUCCACCAUGCUCAAUCAAAUCUCUGGUGCAGCUUUACAUAUGUAAAGAUAAUUACAAUGGUUUAAGCUUGUGGAGAGAAUUGUCAAUCCCAAGAUUAAAGAAAGUACUAACAAAAAUGGUUUAACUCCCCGACAACUGUUUACAAAGAACCACGGGAACAUGAAGGAGAAGGGAGAAAAAUGGAUGAAGGGUACAGCAUUGUCAAGUAUAGUGGUGGCUACUCUGGUUGUUACCAUUACAUUCGCUAGUGUUUUUACUAUUCCAGGUGGUUACGACCAAACAAAAGGCUUUCCAAUACUCUAUAAGAAAAUAGGGUUUAAGAUCUUCAUAGUACUCGAUGCAAUGUACCUUUUUUUGUCCUCAACUUUGGUCUUGAAAUUUUUGGAAGUCCUCACAACACGUUACACAGAAGAAGAUUUUCUUGAGGUUUUACUGAAAAAGAUGAUUGUAGGUUUUUCUACCCUAAUGCUAUCUUUUUUAACCA